AGAGAAAUGAAAACAAAAAGGGUCAACAAGGAUUUCUGAAGUCUCCAGAAACAUCUAUAUAUCCCCUUUAUUCUCAUGGACCCAGUUUCGACAAUGCCUCUGGUCGAGGCUUUGCAGAACCCUUGCCAUCGUCUAACGAAUUAGGAAGAUUUCCUCCGGUUGUGAAGACAGCAGUACCCGUAGAUGGAAGAUUUGAACACAUUGUACUUUCUUGUAACGAACAUCAGACCACACCAUCAUUUGGAUCGAACGAGAAGCUCAGCGAGCUCUCAACGUAAGUCUCCCACCAACCUCCUUUAAAUCUUUCACCGGUUACUGAUUCUAUCUAUAGCUUUGCAUCUGCAGUUAAUGCUGGAGAAAGAGAAGAGGAUGGAGAUACCAUAGAAGCAGAUGAUGGAGAGACGAGAAUCAGUAGCAAGAGUCCUAGCAAUAAUGUGCACAUUUGCUAUUGUCUCUUAACAAUGUCUCUUACUCUAAAAAUAAUAAUAAAAAAAGUUAAGAACUCAAAAUUUUGUCCCAGCAAUAAUGAUGCUGUCCUAACAUCUCUUGUCAAGAUUGGUGAAUACCAUACUUUACAGCGCCAAUUCUCGCGGUAGAAGUGGCAGACAACGCGCUCUAUUAAUAUAGUCCGGUUUAGUUCCCGGUUUAUUAUAUUGGUUAAGUUUCCGUUUGCUUAACCGAGUAACUAUAUAUAGAACAGAAUCAUGUACAUUUCAGUUUACGAGAAAUAACAAACUUUCACUUUAUCCUUUUCUCUGAUUCAUCUUCUCAGCUCAAGCUCAAAUCAUCAUCUUCAUCAUCUCUGUAUCUGAACGUUAUUAUGGUAUCAGAGCACUAAAUCUCACCUUCCGCUUCGUUCUUUGAGCUGUGAUUUUGAUUCCUCAUGAGUCUUCCGUUGAUUCCUCUUUCUCGCUUGUUCGUCGUCGUCUUCGCUACGAUCUGUGAUCUUUUGGUUCGAUUGUUCGUCUGCAUAAUCUUUCUGAUUCAUCAUCCCGGUUCUUCGUCUCAGUAAUCGGUUCAGUCAGAUCUCAUGGCGGCGAAUCAAUCUUCUGUACAUCAAGAUUCUGUUCGUCAAGUCUCCGAUAACUAUGACAAUCCGUUUUAUCUUCAUCACAACGAUCAUGCUGGAUUGAUUUUGGUCACUGAUCGUUUGGCAAUGGCCUCGGAGUUUCAUUCUUGGAGGCGUUCUGUUCGUAUGGCUUUGAACGUCCGUAAUAAGCUUGGCUUCAUUGAUGGUACGAUUCCUAAACCGCCUUCUACGCAUAGAGAUUGUGGUGCUUGGUCUAGGUGUAACGAUAUUGUUGCGACUUGGUUAAUGAACUCGGUGUCAAAGGAGAUCGCACAGAGUUUACUUUUCAUCUCUACUGCUGAAGGAAUUUGGAAGAAUUUGCUUUGUCGAUUCAAACAAGAUGAUGCGCCGAGAGUGUAUGACAUUGAGCAACGUUUGAGCAAGAUUGAACAAGGGUCUAUGGAUAUAUCAACAUAUUACACUGCGCUUGUUACUCUAUGGGAGGAACAUCGUAAUUUUGUUGAACUUCCUAUUUGUACUUGUGGCAAAUGUGAGUGUGACGCAGCAGCUCUUUGGGAGAAGAUUCAGCAUCGUUCUCGUGUGACUAAGUUCCUGAUGGGAUUAAAUGAGUCAUUUGAGCACACUCGUCGCCAUAUUCUUAUGCUCAAACCAAUCCCCACUAUUGAAGAGGCCUUUAACAUCGUAGCUCAGGAUGAACGUCAACGCACCUUACGUCCUGUUACUGCUAUUGACAAUGUGGCUUUUCAUGCGGGUACAUCACAAGCUCAUGUUAGUCCAGUUUCUACGGUUGAAGAUACUGCUUAUGUUGCUGCUUAUAAUGCUGGGAGAGCUUAUCAAAGGCCGGUUUGUACCCAUUGUGGUAAAGCUGGACACACAGUACAGAAGUGUUUCAAGCUUCACGGUUUUCCACCAGGCUAUAAACAAUAUGGAUCUUACAACAAUAGGAACACUUCUCACAAUAAGAAUGUGCAGAGUAUGUCUCGUUCUCAGGGUCAGAAUUCUACUCCAGCACCUUCUCCUAUGUCGAAUGCUGUUGCCACUGUGUGUGCUGAAAACAAGCCUAACGCAUAUUCAUAUCCACCGGCUACACCUCAGUUGAUAAGUGGAGGCGUUAAUCUUGAUCUGCAACAGUUCAGUCCACAACAGAUUCAAAACAUGGUCUCACAGUUCAAUGCUCAUGUUCGAGUUUCAGAGCCUCAAGUUCCUUCCUCAAGUUUUUCCCACUCAAGUGCAACGAUCACUGAUCAUGGCUUUAUGGAUCCUCAGUCUUCAUCUGGUACUAUACCCUUUCCUUCUAUCAAUCUUACCUCUACAAAUAAUAACCUUUUCUAUCAAAAUCAUUGUCUGUCUGCUUUACCUUCUCUUGUUCCACGUGAUACUUGGAUCAUAGAUAGUGGAGCUUCUAGUCAUGUUUGUUCAGAUUUAGGCAUGUUUGAUAGUUAUGUACCAGUAGAUUCUGUGACUGUGACUUUACCUAAUGGUGUUCGUGUUCCCAUUACACACACUGGUGUUAUUAAAAUCAGUGAUCAUUUGAUUCUUUAUGAUGUGUUGUUGGUACCUGAUUUCCAUUUUAACCUGAUUAGUGUAAGUAGUUUGAUAAAGACAUUGUCUUGUGCUGCUCAUUUCUUCCCUAAUGGCUGUUUAAUCCAGGAACUUUCUCGGGGCUUGAUGAUUGGGAAGGGUAGCUUAUACAACAAUCUCUAUGUUCUUGAUACUUCUUAUCGACUAUCUUCUGGAAGUGAUGUGUUCUGUGGUUCUGUAUCUGCUGAUAGCGUCUUGUGGCAUCAACGUUUGGGACAUCCCUCUACUAUCGUUUUACAAAAGCUUUCUUCUCAGUUACCAUCUUAUAAACAUGUGGAUUCUUCUCAUGCUCCCUGCUCUAUAUGUCCUUUAGCAAAGCAGCGUCGUCUUGCAUAUGUUUCACACAAUAAUCUCUCAGAUUGUCCUUUUGAUUUGGUUCAUGUUGACAUUUGGGGUCCGUUUAGUGUUGAGUCUGUUGAAGGAUAUCGAUAUUUUCUUACUUUGGUUGAUGAUUGUACUAGAACUACUUGGGUUUAUAUUAGGGCUGGGCAAAUAAACCGAACCCGAAAAUCCGAACUGAAUCCGAUCCGAUAAAAAUGAAUC